AUUAUUAAGACGACGAAGAAGAAGUUGCGGAAGCACAUGGUGGACCAUGGGAAUGUGUUAAGUGUUGCUACUCCGGCUGUCUACACAUUUAAUAGCAUGAUAAAACAAUUAUUUUAAACAUAUGUAGGAUUGUUUUACCUAAGCUCUUUUACCUUCAAAAUGGUUCGCGCUAAAAGGGGUAAACAGUUCCAGAAGUCGAACAAAGAGGAACAAUAUCAUGAAGAUGACCCAGAAGCCUACAAAAAUAUGCCUGUCCCUGAUAAAACGUCAUCACAGUACACGAAGGACAAAAUCGACGAGUUUCACGAUGCAAAGAUUGCGAAACUUUUGGCCAGGGGAGUUGACAUGGGGAGUGAUGAGGAGGAUCUGGAUGAUGAGGAGGAAGUGAUGGCCUUGGAGACUGAUGAUGAUGAUGAUGAUGAUGAUGAUGAUGAUGAUGAUGAUGAAGAUGAAGAAGAAGAGGACGACGACGAUAAUAAAGACGAUGAAGGGACCGACAUGGAGAGUGAUCUCGAGGGAAAGAAAGACGAUGAGCUUCCCAGUGAUUUAGCAUGGGGCACCAAGAAGAAGAUGUUCUACGACUCGGACUAUGUGACAACAAAAGGUAAAACGCACGAAGAGCUGGAAGCAGAGGAACAAGAGGAGGAAGAAGAGGCCAAAAAUAUCCAAAAACGUUUAACGGAAAACCUGACCGAGGAGGAUUAUGACUUGAACUUUUUUCAGGAGUUUGCUGCGGCAGCGGGAGAGAAGAGUGAGGAGAAAGUUGUGGAAAAGGAGGAGAGGAUCGUGAAGGACCUGAAGCAGAUGUCUCAGAAGGAGAAAAUGAAGCUGCUGAAGAAGGAAUCGCCAGAGCUGCUUGAACUCAUUCAGGACUUCAAGGCAAAGCUCACAGAAAUGAAGAAUGAAUUGCAGCCCCUCCUACAGAUGGUCAAGGAUGGAAAGAUCCCACCAGGAAAGGGUGCCGCCUACCUGAAGACCAAACAGCAGCUUUAUCUCAAUUACUGUACCAACAUCAGCUUCUACUUGGUGCUCAAAGCCAAACGAAUCCCCGCUCACAACCAUCCAGUGAUCGAACGACUGCUCACCUACCGAAAUCUCAUCAAUGGACUGAGUGCAGUCGAUGCCCGCCUCGCACCACAGUAUCGCGAGCUCCUGGCUACUAAGGAAAAAGACAAGCUCACCAGCAGACCAACAUUAGAGAAGAAGGAUGGAGUCUCCACAAAGAAGGACAAGGAUGAAAAAGGGAACGUGGCACUGGAGACGGAGGAAGCAUUUUCGGACUCUGACCUGGACGAGGAAGCAGCGUUGCAGUUCUACAGACAAGUGGAGGAGAGGAUGAUGUUGAAGAACAGCAGGAAGGAGAAGAGAGCUGAAGAGGCGGAUGAACAAGUUGAUGAGGUGGAAGAGAUGGAUCCAGAAGCUAAGAGAGGCAUCACAUACCAGAUGGCCAAGAACAAAGGUCUUACCCCCAAGAGGAGGAAGAUCGACCGUAACCCCCGAGUCAAACACAGAGAGAAGUUCAGGAGGGCCAAGAUUCGCAGAAAGGGCCAGGUCCGUGAGGUGCGUCGGGAGGAGACAAGAUACAGCGGAGAACUGUCAGGCAUUCGUGCAGGAGUCAAGAAGAGUAUCAAGCUUAAGUAACCGCACACUGCUGCUAUUACUGCAUUAUUUACAGAUCAUGUUUUCAUAAAGACGCUGAUUAAUGCUGGGGCACAAAAAGAAUAAACUUGUACACAUUUUAAUAGGUUGCAUUACAUGCUGUCCAUGUACAGAAACAUCAUUGUAUCAUUCAUUGAACUUCAAGUUAAAGCAUUACAGUCAGAAUCAUUAUCAUGAUUAUAAAUUAGGGAAGUUUCAAGAAUUGUACCGUAUUGACCUGAAAUGUCGAGUCGUAUUAUAUUCGACUCUUCUCCCCAUGCAAGUCAGAGCCUUUCUUCCUGUCACACACCAGCGACCUCAAAGGUUGGACAAGUUAUUAUUCUGAUGCUCAUUUUAAAAUGAUGAUCAGUGAUGGUGAGUCAUGAAACAAAGAUUGAGUAAAAUGCAGUAUUGAUGAUGUUUUUGUCUUAAGUAUUUUUCAGAAACCAGUCUUAAACGAAGGGUCAUUUGAUAUUUGGGUCAAUACCGUAUUUAUUUGUAGCUGUUUGCUGCCAUGUAAUAACAUUAUCCUUACUUUGCGUCAAGAUAUUACCAACCUUGAUACAAACGUUGCAUAGAUUUAAUGAUUGAUGACAUGAUUGUUUUCAGUAAUCGAUUAAUUAUACUUAUCCCAAAUCUCAAUCUACAGUAAACUCCAAUGACUAUCAGCCCGCUUGUUGCGUAAUAAACUGCGCGUGUGCAGCUGUCAAGUUAGUCACGAUCCUCUCCUCGAUCUCCACCUCGUUCUUCAUUUCCUCUUUGGAGAGCACCACCUCGUCCUGGGUGCUCGGGGUCACCACCACCACGUAACCCCGCCUGGAGUCGAGCACGUUGGCCACGACCGCCUGGUGCCUGUAGGUGUCCAGCGCUCGCCGAGCCUUCUCCAGCAGGAUGGUGGCGUCUGUCUCCAGUUUGAAGGAUAUGACGAAGGCCUGCGGCGCCCAGUCCUUCACUAACGGGGACAGGAUUUUGGGGACCAUGUUCAUGGUUAGCUGUAAGGAGGAGGAAAAGUACCAUGGCCACAUUAGUCCCUUUAAUGCUAACUGCACAAGUUGGCAUUUUUCGGCCUAUGUUCCACCUUAUGAGGUAGUGUGGGAGCCACAACAGAGGUAGGACUUUGCCUGUGUGUAAGGGUAUUCCACAAAGCCAGGCCAAGGGUGUGAAGUUAGUGUUGAAAGCGAUCAUCACUCUUCGACGAGUAUUUUAUACGUCACACCAGAUGCCGGCGCUGAUGUCCUCUAAUGAUCUGAAUUGUGGGAUUCUGUGUCGCUAUGUGAAAGCAUUAUCGCGAUUAUCUGGGUUCUGUGUUAAAGGCACAGGUGGUAAAUGACAGAUCUAAUGGCAUGGUUCUGAUGCGGCUAUUUUGUGGCAUCCCUGUGUCAAAGGGCCGUCUUUUUCAGUGUCGCUGUGUAUAAAUGGCACAGACACAGAAUAAGGACGCAAAGGCAACUGCAAUUUUCUGCCUCGGUAGAUAGUCGCCCCUCACUACAUCUUGGUUCGAACAUCGCUCCCUCAUUACAUUGCAGUUUUUCAAAAAAUAAUAAAUGGUCGCUGUUUUGUGGUUAAAAUGGCUAAAUGAACUAAAAUACAAACACGGUAUUUGCUUUAAACUUUUUCCCCUAUAAUAUUUAAACUUUAUGCUACAUGUCUCUUAAUGUUUUAUUUUAUUUUAUUUAACCUUUAUUUAACCAGAUAAAAACCCAUUGAGAUCAGGAUCUCUUUUACAAGGGUGACCUGGCCAACAGGUCAGCAGCACACGUCACAAGUGAUAAAAUAUACAAAUCUAAAAGAUUACAUACAAUGUAUAUUAACACACAUACUUUGUAAAGUGCAAGUGAUUAGUAAUAAAAUCCAUAAAAAGCUAUUUAAAACAAA